CGAGGCUCGAAGACAGCGAACUGGAGGCAGCGAGGCGGACAGUCUGUCUUUUCACAACAGAUGCAUUCAACAACUCAUCGAAGGCUUGAGGAGGUUUCGGUAUUUGUUGGGAUUGGUACUUUGCCUCUUUCCCGCAGUGGCCCUAGUCUGGAUGUGGGUGAGCUCGGGCACGCCACCACGGGGUGGACGGAGAGUGACUGGAGGGCCUGGGGACGACCCCUCUCUCCUAUGACCCUCCGAAAGCGAUGCCAAAAGCCAUGUCCUUUCUCCCACCUCCCAAGCAACCCCGGUCCCAUCUCCCCUUCCCUCUUCUCCUCCCCCACCCUGGUCUGGCCUCCAGCGGCGGGUGAACCCGGUUGGGGUGUCACUUGACGCCCACUAGGGGCUGAGGAGGCUCCAGUGCGCAGGCUCCGGGCGCCGGAUAAAAGCGGAGCUGGCGAGUCCAGCACAGUCUUGAUGGAGGAGCAAGAAACGGAAGAGGUCGGGGGGAGAAGCAGCAGGAAAAUUGCAGCCACCGUCCACGCCGCCUCCCUGCCACCGUGUAUCGGGGUAAAAGCUGCCGUUGCCGUCGGUGCAGUUGCCGUCGCUGCCUCCUAUACUUCUCUUGGCCUCGGGGAAGGAUUGCCCCGCCGGCGGGACAGUGUGCGGGGAGGGGAGCGGGAAUUCCUUUACGUGGCGGUGAUUAAACGAGGGAGGGACAGACAGUUAUCUCGACGAAAAAAGGGGGGAGACCAAGCAAUAAAACAAGGGUUUCCCCCACUAAAAUGACACGGCGGCUCCGCUCUUGUUUUCGGGGUCUUUCCCCGAAAUGGCGGUUUCCGUCUUCCUCUUGCCCCACCGCGACCCGGAGCGCUUCGUAAGCGGAGUGGGGAGAGGCAGAGGCGGUCUCGGCAGCCAAUCGGCGCCUGAUGUGCUUUGUCGGGCACGCGGUGAUUGGUUGGCGAUGACCUCAUCCUGCAGCAGCGGGUGGGGCCAAAGCCGUAGGGGGAGGCUGUUGCAAAGGCAGAGAGGGAGAAGUGACGAUGGUGAUCGUUGCUGCCGCGGCCGAAUUGGAACCAAAGCAGUGGCGAAGGGAAUCGCAAGGCUCUUCCCUGACUAUUUUCUCCUGUCCCUGCGCGAGGUGAGGGCCCCGGCUCGGCCUCUGCGAAACUCUGAGGCGCUGGCGCGAACGAGGAAGCACGAUUUCUCCCGUGACUUUUGUAACUGCGUCAGGGCAAGAUGGCGCUGGGUCUCCUUGGGGCGCGGGGGGAGAGGCACGUCCACCGCCGCCGCAGCGCAUGUGACCGGGCUGCAUUCCUGUGGGGUUUGGCUCCGGCCCAGGCUGGGGCGGGGGAAGGGACAGGGCUUGGGCGGAGGAGACUGUGGUGCGGUCGGCGUUGGCGGCCCGAAGAGGAAGAGUUGACUGUUUGAAAGCGCUUCCCCUCCCCCACCCAGCCGAGCAGCCGCGGCUCCUCGGGGAAAGCCCCCGGAGGACACUCCUUGUGGGGAGUGACGGCUGUUGGUGGAGAAGGUUUGGCGCCCUAUUUUCUUAUUCUGCCUUUCUCCUUGCAAAGUAUGCUUACGUAAGGUGGUAGGUCCCUGAUGAGGGAAUCGGAGUCAACUGAGAGUCCUGAGGGCCCCUGGGAUGCGUGGCUAGGAGAGACGAGCUCCUAGAUGCAACGUCAAGGAGUAUCGCUUAUUUUCCGAGAAAACGUAGUUUCUCUGAUUCAAGUAGAAAAAUGUUUUCAAAGUUUGGAAACAAGUGUAGAGGUUCACCCAGGAACACUUCAUUUGCUGAAAGGGUACAGGCAGCCAAGGAUCCUAUCUGAAUUUAAGGGCACUUUUCAGACUUUAUGUGCCUGCUUCCCAGCAUCCUCUCUGUCUGUAUAUCCUAUAAGAAUGUGUAAUCUUAUCGGUGGGUUUUUUUAAUGGCAUCAUUAGUAAUACAGAAUAAAAGCUGCUAGUGUUUUAAUCUA